UAACGUAGUCUAGGUCACCUACACGUUUGUCAAUGCAGUGUUCUACGAGACAAACGUCUAGGAGCAUUCUACGAUAAACAUUUACACUCCAUAACGAGGCUUAUCCGAAUUCUGAUAAAGCAGCUGAUUGGUUGAUCAAUGCAUAACGAUGACGGAUGCAGUCGAACAGAAGAUAAACAAAGUUUUAUCAGAUUUAAAAAUCGAAUUCUCACUGAAACCUUUACAGAAAGAGUGUUUACUUAAAUUAGCAAAUAGGUCAGACGUGUUGGCAGUAUUACCAACAGGCUAUGGGAAAUCGCUAUUGUAUACGAUUCUACCGCAAUUAAUGUUUGAAGAAGACCUGCUAGUAAUACUAGUUCUCGUAAAGUCAGCAUAAUUCUGGUCAUAUCGUCACUGGUUUCUCUAAUGAAGGACCAAGUUUCGAACUUCCAAAAACUCAACGUUUGCUUUCUUUAGAACAAGCGACACAUAAACUGACAUUUGGAACAACAGUUGUGGUCUUUGUUUUCUUCGGUGUCGCUUUCCGUUUUUCGAUAGCGCCCCCUCGCGGUGUAAUAAUUUUAAAUAGAACGCUCCAAGGCGUUUGAGUGGGAAGUCAAACGGCUUGUGUGACCUAGGCUAAAAAUAACGAAGCUAGAAAGGCCGAUUAGUUCCGAUUGCCGCUUUACGUUAGAUUUCACAUCGAAAAUAAUUCGUACGAACUAACAUAAUUUAAGAAUGGCGGCUUCCAUGGACGACGAUGGAUUUAGAGCUGACGAUCUCUAUGUUUUGCUGAAUGUUGAUAGAAAGGCAACAAACCAGGAGAUCAACAAAGCCUUCCGACAGAUGAGCAAGAUAUUUCACCCAGACAAACACCUGGAUCCAGCAAAGAAAAAACAAGCAGAAAUUUUCUUCAACAAAAUCAAAAAUGCUCAUGAAAUAUUGUGUGAUCCCAAUAAGAGAGAAAUCUAUAAUCGAUUUGGAAUGGAAGGCCUUAAUGUUGAAGGACUUGAGCUUGUCUCCAGAACAAAAUCUCCGGCAGAAAUCAUAGCAGAAUUAGAUCGACUGAAGUAUGAACAGGAACAGCGCAAGUUACAGAGAACCAGUCCAGUGGGUGAAAUAGAGGUUAAGAUCAAUGCUACCAAUCUGUUUGAGGGGGAUACUGAAGAGGAUGACCCAUAUUAUGGAGAUGAGACCAGUUACAUACAGAUAUCAGAGUUCCACAUCUCUCAGUCUUUGGAUUAUCCAAUAACUCAGAAAGACACGGCCAUUAUAGCUGGUGCAGUGUCCUCCAGAGACGGAUACGGAUCUGGAAAUUUUUCAGUGGGUUACCGUCGACAGACAUCCGACAAGGGGUGGCUGGAGGGACGGGUUGCUUUUGGUCCACAGAUGUCAUAUGGAUUACAGGGUUAUAGACAACUCACCAGGCGAUGUUUCUGUAGAUGUGCAGCUGGUUUUUCUGUGGAUAAGUCGGGGAUCAAGCCAGGCCUAUCAUUUUUAAUAUCCAGUCAAUUAGAUCGAAACAUUCAAGGAGAAAUGGCUUUAAAUGUAGCUGGUAGAUCAAGUCUGAGUACAACCGUGCGAUACGAUCAGGACUCGCACCGGGCAUCUUUCACUGCUCAGGUUGGUGAUAUAAAUUCGGUUAGAGCCAUAUAUAUAAAGAACUUCCAGGACCAUGACUGUAAGAUGAGAUUAGCAGUGAUGGGUGGCAGUCUGGGAUGGUAUGUGGCUUAUGGAGUCCAAAAGAAGAUUACAGAGUUUAGCACAAUUAAUGCAAGGAUGGUCAUUGGAAAUAAUGGUGGUGUUCGUCUACAACUACGGUUACAUCGAGGCCAGCAGUCAUACCAUUUCCCGAUAUUAUUAUCAGAACAGGUGCUUCCUACAUCAGUAUUUUAUGGAACUUUCCUCCCUGCCUUUGCAUAUUUUGCAGUGAAGAAGUUAAUUAUUGAUCCCUUCAUCAGACAAAGGGAAUCAGAAGAGCUUAAAAGGAAGCUAGAAGAACAGUCUGAGGAAUUACUGCAGAAGAAGAAAGAUGCUGAGAUAGCUAUUGAGUUGAUGCAACAGACUGUUGAGAAAAGUUUGGAGUAUGAAACUCGAAGGAAUGGAUUAAUUAUUCUGAAGGCUUUGUAUGGACGUCUAGUCACACAGGAUGGAGAAUUGAUAGAUUCGGAGUGUAUCGACGUGAAAGUCCCCCUACAAGCUUUAGUUGUAGAAUCCCAGCUAAUCAUCCUGGACUCUAAUACAAAGAGUGACCUGCCAGGUCUCUACGACCCGUGUCCUGGAAAGGAAAAAAGUCUCUACAUUCGUUAUAACUUCCGAAACCGACCUCAUCAAGCAACCUUUAAUGACAAAGAGCCCAUCAGACUGCCUCUACAAAGGCAUGUGAUGAAGGAUGAAACGGAGGAAUCUUUUGUUCAUCUAUGAUGCAAGGUGAUAAAUAGACUCCAGCGUUUAUUUUCUAUACAGACUUAACAAAAGUUCACACUCCGUGAAUGCCAUACAGUUUUUCACAUGAAUUUAUUAAGAGAUGGAUUCACAUGAAAUGAUUAAAAGGUGGAUUGACAUGAAAUUAAGAGGUGGAUUCUUUGAUAAUGCAGUAACUGAAAGAGUGUAGAGACUGAGGCAGUGCAUUAUAUAGUGAUAUCAUCUUAUCAGAUACCAAGCCAUUACAGUAUAUUGAGAGGGGGUUUAGGGAAUGCAUCCCCCUUUGGUUGAAAACAUAACUAAAAAGGGUAAGUUUGGGGUCUGCUCCCCUCCCUUAUUUAGAUGGAAAAGAUACUAUCUUGGGUCACAACAUUACUCCCCCCCCCCUUGAAAUAUUUUUGGAUCUGCCCUUGGAAAAUCAGAACCAUGCAAGGUGAGUGGUCACUGAAGGUAUAUAGUGAAUUGUCAUAUAGCUGAUGAGAGCACCACUGCCUGAUGUUAUCAAUAGUAAAUGCAGUAUACAUUUGGUUCAAUGUCUGUGAUGUUUAGAAGAAAUGUGUGCAGUUAAGAUUUGUUGACCAAUAAAUUAUGUUAUAUGAUUGUA